AUGGCAGUAACAUUACAUUGUUUAGCAGAUAUUUGUUUAAUACCAAUUGGUACCAAUUCUAGUUCAGUAUCUGAUGAAAUUACUGCUAUCACCAAACUAGCCCGUGAUUCACCCCUUGAAACCACAUUACAUUCCGCGGGAACCACAAUUGCUGGACCUUGGGAUCAAGUUAUGGAUUUGAUUGGACAGAUGCACCAAUUGUUGCAUGAAAAGCAGGGAGUUGUUAGGAUCCAGAGUGAUAUUAGAGUUGGGACUCGAGUUGAUAAACCUAAUCAAUUGCCUCAGGAUAAAAUCAAUGUUGUGCAACGUAAAUUGGCGGAACAAGAAAAGCAAUCCUAA